UGUCAGACAACAAAAAUGUGUAGUAUGAGAUUGAGUGUAGCUGUGGUGUUUUUGGCGGCUGUGGCGUCAGCCUCCGCCGUCUCCUUCUUUUCAGUAGUUAUGGAGGAGUGGGAAUCCUUCAAGUUGGAACAUGGCAAGAAGUAUUCAUCCAAGGUGGAAGAUACGUUCCGCAUGAAAAUCUUCACUGAAAAUAAGCACAAGAUUGCUGUCCAUAACAAACUCUAUGCAAGUGGACAGAAAACCUACAGACUUAAGAUGAAUAAGUAUGGCGAUAUGUGCUGCACCACCGGCACGUGCAGACACGACGCCACCACCGACAGCAACAAUAUGUAUGGCGGGACUACCCCGCCGUAUGUCCUUAUCGGUAGGCUGUCUCCAUCCGCCAACUGUCGUCAUGUCAGCAAUGCCGCCACUGUCAGAGUCCCUGUCAACACCGUCACCAGCAGGAGUGAGGGUACGAGCAGCGUCAGUCCCCAUCGACACAACGCACGGGUGUGA